AUGGUAACCAUUAAAAGGAGUAGAAUAGGACUCCGGGAAUGCAGAAGUAGUAAAUGCAGGAAGGAAGCACUACCUCUGAGACUGAAAAAGGGACUAAGAAUUUUGGAGGAAACCAUCUACCCCUACCUCUAUCCAUCUAAGACUGAGAUUCUGAAUUUGUUGGGUACAACUCAUCGAUUAAAGAUGGCCAAUGUGUUGCUGGCAUCAGCUGACCCGUUUCCUCAGGUGAAGCUGUGCGACUUUGGCUUUGCGCGCAUCAUCGGGGAGAAGUCGUUCCGCCGCUCCGUGGUGGGCACGCCGGCCUACCUGGCGCCCGAGGUGCUGCUCAACCAGGGCUACAACCGCUCGCUGGACAUGUGGUCUGUGGGCGUGAUCAUGUACGUCAGCCUCAGUGGCACGUUCCCUUUCAACGAGGACGAGGACAUCAAUGACCAGAUCCAGAAUGCUGCCUUCAUGUACCCGGCCACCCCUUGGAGCCACAUCUCAGCUGGAGCCAUCGACCUCAUCAACAACCUGCUGCAGGUGAAGAUGCGCAAACGCUACAGUGUGGACAAAUCUCUCAGCCAUCCCUGGUUACAGGAGUACCAGACGUGGCUGGAUCUCCGAGAACUGGAAGGGAAGAUGGGUGAGCGAUACAUCACGCACGAGAGUGCCGACGCGAGCUGGGAGCAGUUUGUGGCAGAGCAUCCACUGCCCGGGUCCGGGCCACCCACGGACAGGGAUUUCGGUGGGGCCUAUCCACCACAGGACCACGACAUGCAUGGGCUGACAGAGCGCAUCAGUGUCCUCUGAGGCCCUGUGCCCCCGCCUGGCGGCUGCCCUCCACAGCAGCUCUUCAGAGAUCCCAGCAAUGAACUGUUGUAGGGAAAGUGGCUUCCUGCCUAAACUGGAUAGGACACGUGGGGUGCGGGAGAGAGCUAUUUCUAAGGCCCCUCCCUGUCUCUCCAGCAAUUAAAACGGACUCA